AAUUUAUGUCAACAAAAUUUUGUAAAAAAAUCUGUUUUAUUAUAGUGUUAAUAGUGUUUAAGUGCUAAAAUAUUAUGGAAAGUAGAGGCAAGAAAAUUCUUCGGCUGUUGGGUGAAAAACAAGGGUCAAAUUUUGUGAAAACUGAUAAAGCAGAAUCCGACAAGAUAGAGUGCUUGUCAUCUAACAUCCAUAACCCCUUUAAAGAGAGCCAGAAAGAAAAACCUUCAACAAGUAAGACUGAUAAUGGGUAUUGCCAAUUAUUUGGUUUGGGAGACACUACUCAAAAACCGUCAACCUCGAGGUCAACUUCCCACGAUGUUUUAGAUGGAAUGGAAUCUGAUGAGUUAGAUAGCAUUACAUCAAGUGAUGAAUAUAUCCCAUCCAACACAGAACAUUCUAGUGACGAUACGGAUUUCGACAGUGACACUAAUACUUACCAUGAACAGGUUAAACAUAAGACUAACUGGGAAAAAAUUGAAGCUGUCAAAAAAAAUAUAUUUGCCGAAGAUGUUCAUUCCCAAAAUGCAAGCCAAAGUGAAUUGGAACCAGUAGUUGAAUCUUCAUUUGCACGUGGGUCAAAUACACAAAAUGUUGCUGAAAAUUGUACUAAUAUAACGGUGAAAACCCAUGUAACUGCUGAAGGUGAAAAUACCGAUGUCGUUAAUAACAAUAUUGAGAUACAUAAGUCAGUAAAAAAAAAAAUAUUCGAAAUGAAGCCUAAAAUUUCCCGAAAAAGAAAAAGAAAUCCUGAAGAAUGGAAACGAAAAAAAUCUGCAAUGUGUAGGGAAAGAGAGAGAAAUGCCGUUUACAGUGUGGAUCCAAAUUCAGUUUGGAGGCCAGGGAAUCUAUUUUAA